AGGAGAGCGGGAGGAGGAGGAGGAGAAGGAGGGGGAUACACACACACACACACACACAUACGCUUCCCGCCCCGCGUCUGAAAACCUCUCUGACAAGUGGCAAACCGCUAGCAGAGCACGCUGCUCCUUCCGAAGAGCGGGUGGAAGCCGCGGGGGCUCGCCCCUAGCCCAGCCCUGCUGCCGGCUUUUGGCUCCUCGCCCCUCUCCCAUCACCUCCUUCCCCGUCGCCCCUGCUGUGGCGCUGAGUGGAGACCCGCUGCCGGGCGGCGUGCGGUGCUGGCUGCAGUCUCGCCUUGAAAGUGUGCGAGCCGGUUGAAGGCUUUCCUUCUACUUACCGCUAUUUUUUUUGAAUUAUUAUUAUUAUUAUUAUUAUUUUGUCUUUUCCGCUAUUUAUUUUUCUCGUACUUUAUUGUUACUGUUUUUUGUUGCCGCUGUUUGUAAACUAAUUGCUUCCAUGGGGGGCGGAGGAAAGGAAAUCAGAGCUGCCGCAGCCGAAGGGUGUAAAGGCGCUCUGGUGAAAAGCCGCGGAGCCGCAGGACGGGAUGGUAGCGGGCAGUGCGGCCGCGGCGGGGAUUGCUGCCCGCGGUGGGCCGGACCGUGCGGCUCGGCGCUGGCGGCUCUCCUCUCCGCCCUGGCUGCCGCCUCCUGCGUCUACCUGGGGGUGCGGACCAGCGACCUCCAGGCCAGGGUCGCGGCCAUCGAGGGAGCCCGAGGGGGCUUCUCUACCGCCGCCCCGCUCCCGCCGCUUCCUAGCUUCUCCCUGGAGCAGCUGAACGCGAUGAUGCAGGAGAAAGUGGAGCGGCUUCUCGCCCAGAAAUCCUACGAGCACUUGGCAAAAAUACGAGUAGCGAGAGAAGCGCCUCCAGAGUGCAACUGCCCACCAGGUCCUCCAGGGAAAAGAGGUAAGCGGGGCAGAAGAGGAGAGACUGGACCUCCUGGUCAACCUGGUCCUCAAGGCCCACCUGGUCCAAAAGGCGAGAAGGGAGAUCAAGGUGAUCAGGGCCCUCGGAUGGUGUUUCCUAAAAUCAAUCAUGGGUUUCUCUCAGCUGAUCAGCAGCUCAUUAAACGCCGCCUCAUUAAGGGGGACCAAGGACAAGCUGGACCCCCUGGACCUCCAGGGCCACCAGGACCCAGAGGACCGCCAGGAGAUACCGGCAAAGAUGGUCCUCGUGGGAUGCCAGGCUUACCGGGUGAGCCAGGAAAACCAGGAGAACAAGGAUUAAUAGGACCUCAGGGGCCUCCAGGACAAAAGGGUUCUGUCGGAGUGCCUGGUGUUCCAGGGAGAGACGGACAAGUGGGUGAACCUGGUUUGCCUGGCAUAGCAGGAGAGAAGGGAGCAGCAGGGCUUAAGGGUGACCCUGGAGAAAGAGGAGAAAAGGGUGAUGCUGGAGAAAAUGGACAGAAGGGUGACACGGGAGAAAAGGGUGACCCUGGUUCUUCUGCUGCAGGAAUUAAGGGUGAACCUGGUGAAUCUGGACGGCCUGGACAAAAGGGUGAACCAGGUCUUCCUGGGCUUCCUGGACUCCCUGGGAUAAAGGGUGAACCAGGUUUCAUUGGUCCGCAAGGAGAACCUGGGUUGCCAGGGCUACCAGGAACAAAGGGUGACAGAGGAGAGGCUGGUCCUGUUGGGAAGGGUGAGCGGGGUGAACCUGGAGUUCCUGGACCAAAGGGAAAAACAGGUGAACCUGGAUCUAGAGGCCCAAAAGGGUCAAAGGGUGAUACAGGUGACAGAGGUGACACAGGAUCUACAGGUCCACGGGGACCACCUGGACAGAAAGGCGAUCAAGGUGCAACAGAGAUAAUUGAUUAUAAUGGCAACAUCCAUGAAGCACUGCAGAGGAUCGCCACCCUCACUGUCACGGGGCCACCAGGACCACCAGGACCCCAAGGGCUACAAGGGCCAAAGGGUGAACCAGGAUCCCCAGGAACUCCAGGAGUUGAUGGCGAACAAGGUCCUAAAGGCUCAAAAGGCGAUACAGGUGAUCCUGGAAUAUCUGGAGAAAAGGGAGGAAUUGGACUGCCUGGCCUGCCAGGAUCCAAUGGUAUGAAGGGCGAAAAAGGAGAUGUUGGUUUGCCUGGUGCCCAGGGUCCUUCAAUGAUAGGACCACCGGGACCACCAGGGCCACAUGGUCCUCCAGGCCCCAUGGGACCUCAUGGACUGCCUGGCCCAAAGGGUGUAGAUGGCCCAGUUGGUCCCCAUGGCCCUGCAGGUCCUAAAGGAGAGAGAGGUGAAAAGGGAACCACAGGUGACCCUGGACCCAGAGGACCAUACGGCUUGCCUGGUAAAGAUGGAGAGCCUGGCAUUGAUGGUUUCCCUGGUCCUCGAGGAGAAAAGGGUGAUAUAGGAGAAAAGGGAGAAAAGGGAUUCCGUGGAAUUAAGGGGGAAAAAGGGGAGCCAGGCCAGCCUGGCCUGGAUGGGCUGGAUGCCCCUUGCCAAUUGGGUCCCGAUGGAUUACCAAUGCCUGGCUGUUGGCAAAAGUGAUGAAUCUAACCAUACAAGCAUGAAGUUGUGUAUAUAGUGCUCCACUUUUUGUAUUUAUAGUUGAAAACUGAAAAUUUUAUUUUACAAGUCUGAGAUAUGUUUACAUGUAGCUGCUUUUACUUGUUUGCAAUAGUCUGUGUGUACAUCUGGUUUUCACUUACAUCUGCGGUUAGAUGAUAUAUAACUGCAGGGUAAACCUGCAAAGAUUCUCUCUUAUAUUAGAGAGAGAUCUCAAUACAAUGAUCCAUAAUAGAAAUCUGAUUAUUUCUGUAAAUUCUUAUAUUUUGGCUUAUGGACCUGCAUGGACAAUGAGUGCCAUGAGCUAGUUUACAAGAAAUUGUGACCAAAUAAGAGCAAAAUGCUACAAAAUGUACUGUACCAGCUGCCAUUGAAGUUUACUGACUUGGCUUCCAUGUCCAUCUUAAAUACUUCACUGAUUCAUGCCCCAUCUGCUUGUACAGACUAAAAGCAUGAGUUUGUGUGCCAAACCUGCUUGUUGUGUGAUCACAUUAUGUACUAAAUGGCUGCUCACGGUGACCUUUGAUUCCAGUUUCUGAAUCAUUUCCUCUUGUCAUCCCAAGGGAGUCACACCAUGGCUUAUUGCUAAAAAGAGAUAAACCAGAGGAGGAUAGAAAGAGGCCUUGAAUUUUUGGAUAAUAGAGUUCCAGCUGCAGGUGGAUGGCUUCCAGUCUUGCGGGUUACUUGGCCCCUUUGAUCAAAGGGGGUCCCGCCUGUUAAUCAGCAUCAGUUUGCCUUGCACUGCUCGCGGUCGUGAAGACAUUCACGACAGGCCCUGUCAAGUCCUUAAUCAAGAAGGAAAGAAGUUUGAAGAAGAAACCAGACUUCUCUGUGGGUUGUUUGAAAAGGUUACAGUGGUGCUGCAGGGAUCCCUUCUCCAUGGCAGACACCGCCUGAGGCCAGAAGCUUCUCAACCUUACCCAAGGAUGGACAGAAUAUGUGCUCUGCAUAUUGUAUUUUGGGACUGCUGGAGGAAACAGCAUUCUUGAGGCGAGGAUGAAUCAGAACAUCCUCCAGUGGAGAAGGAUAAAGGAACUGAUCAGAGACAUAUGUACCAUGGUUUGAUUUUCAGGUGAUUCAGUUUAAAUUACAUAAAACUAGCAGAACUUCUCUGCAGAAUUUUGGAAGCUAUGGUUAAUUUUGUUUCCUUUUCCCGUAACUGUUGCCGUAAAGGAUGCAUUUCAAUAAUCUGUUCAACAUUUGUGAUGUUGGCAUUGAAGAAAAUACUUCAAGCCAGACAUGCAUCUUGUUUCAGUAUUAAGUUUUUAUUUUAGAGUCUUUGAAGCCUUUAAGUCUACAAAAAAAAAAAAAAAAAAGUUUAUUUUUGUGUUUCACAAAUUGAUUUAUAUUCAUAAUUGAUCUUGUUCUUUUUCUGCUGUUACAGUGACUUUACUGGACAUUAUUAUUCAAAAAACAUUGGAGAAACAAGUCUGUGUGAUUACCACUGCACGCUUGUUACCGCACUACACUGUUAAAGGUGUCGGUAUUUCUCCGUUUCUGUUCAGAUGACUAGCUUUCUAGGCAAACAUGGGCAACGUUUUGCUUUUCCACUUUUUUAUUGUUAGAAAUACUGAAUUUGUGCACAUUUGUAGUUUUUGCCAUGAGAUAUUUCUUCCAGUUUUGAGUCUUCAUAUGGUGCACUGUAGUUAGCUUGAGAGGCUAGGUCAUGAGAAAGGGUGCCAUAUUUGGCACAUGGAAGUUCUUUUUAUAGCACUCCCAUUCCUAGUGUAUAUAGCAGGAUGAUCACAAACUUUUUUAGUUAUGUUUCUGAGAGUUGUUUUUCAUACACAGACCAAAACUAAAGUUGAAGAAGACAACCUGUGUCCAUCCAUGUGUGGGCACCUUACCCUUCUUGGAAUGCAUGUUUUUGCUUACUCCAUCAUUUCUAAAUCAUGUGAAGAUGGAGACCUGGUGUGGUUGCACUUUUCAUAUUGAUCCACAAUCUCAGAUCAAUGGAAAAGCCACUAUAAUGCCAUCUUUCACUUUGCUAAAUCUUUAUUGUCAUUUUGCUGUAUCAGAGACAAAAAGGGCUUUUCAAGAGGGGAAACCUUCCACAGAUUUUUUUUAAACUAAAAAUUAAUUUUGUGGCCUCCUUCUGGUAAUACCUUACUA